CCUAGUAAACAAUCAUCUGAAAAAUCGCGCUUCAGCAAGGGGUAUUCAUUGUACCUUCCGCCUGAGUAAUUUAUUGGAUUUAGAUCAAUUCAAAUAAAUAGAAUACUGGCUUAAAAUAUGAAUGCAAAUGGAUUCGAACAAUGGGGCGGCUAUAUGGAAGCCAAAAUUACCAAGCUGGAAGAGCAAUUUUCAGCUUCUAGUAACCCCUAUCGACGUUCAAAUUUGUUUGCUGGAAUAUCAAUUUACGUCAACGGUCUAACUAUUCCUUCAGCGGAUGAACUGAAACGUAUAAUGAUGGUGCACGGUGGUACCUACCAUCAUUAUGAACGAUCACAUACCACAUACAUUAUCGCUUCGAAUUUGCCGGAUGUAAAAGUACGAAAUAUGAACACUGGUAAAAUUAUAAGUCCUCAGUGGGUCGUGGACUGCGUAAAAGAAAUGCGUAUUCUUUCUUACACAAGGUAUCUAUUGUAUACAAACCAAAAUAAAUCCCAGCCACGUUUAGCCUUUGAGAAAAAUAAAGAUGAAACAAAAAAUCAGGCCAAACUUGUCAAAGAUGCUAAUGAAAUCAGAAGUAAAGACAACACAGCUCUGAAAACUGAUAACAAUCAAAUUGAAAAGGAUUUCGCACGUACUGCUGUAGAUCCAAAGUUUCUUUCGGAAUUUUACAAUAAUUCCCGAUUACAUCACAUUGCAACGCUAGGCGCAGGUUUUAAACAAUACAUUUCUGAUUUACGUGAUCAGCAAGGCUCAAAAAAGUUUCUAGCGCGCUCAGAAUUAAAGCAGCGGCUACUUCCAAACUCCAACACCAAUAUUCCGUCAAUUUCAUGGGUCAUGCAUAUUGACAUGGACUGCUUCUUUGUUUCGGUGGGACUACGCAAACAUCCGGAACUGAAGGGUCAACCAGUGGCUGUCACACAUUCCAAAGGUGGGGCAAGUGCCAACGCAGUACCUAUUCAUCCUGGCGUUGACCGCAAAAUCGAAGGAGAAUUGUUUGCAAAGCGUUUUGAAGAACACCUACACAAUAAUAUACUAUCAGAUAAGGUGCGCAGCGGUUUCGAAGCUAAAAUGUCUCUUUCUGAGAUAGCUUCAUGUAGUUAUGAAGCUCGUGCAAGAGGCAUUCGUAAUGGCAUGUUUGUAGGACAAGCUUUAAAUUUAUGUCCUGAGUUAAAGACAAUACCAUAUGACUUUGAAGGCUAUCGCGAAGUUUCGCACACUUUAUAUGAUACCAUAGCUCAGUACACAUUAAAUAUCGAGGCAGUCAGUUGUGAUGAAAUGUUUGUUGAUCUAGCGGAUGUAUUAGAUGAAAUCAAAGUGGAUCCAAUGGAUUUCGUAUUUUAUGUGCGUGAAGAAGUUCGCACAAAAACUGGAUGUCCAUGUUCUGCAGGUGUUGGUGGAAAUAAGUUGCAAGCUCGCAUGGCUACCAAACGCGCCAAACCAGAUGGUCAGUACCUCUUACGUCCAGAUGGUGCCGAGGAGUAUAUGGCUGAUAUAAAUAUAAAAGAUUUGCCCGGGGUUGGAAGCAGCACUGCCUAUAUAUUGAAGCAGAACAAUUUAGUAACAUGUGGGGAUCUUCAAAAGGUUUCGUUGUCAAAAUUACAAAUGCAUGUUGGCAAGAAGUUUGGGGAAACACUUUAUCAAUUUUGCCGUGGUAUCGACAGCCGGCCCCUUAUCUAUGGACAGAUACGUAAAUCCGUUUCAGCGGAAGUGAAUUAUGGCAUUCGCUUUAAAGAAUCUAGUGAGCUAGAAACGUUUCUUCGGCAAUUAUGCACCGAAGUACAUAUCCGUCUGAGCGAUAUAAAACGCAGGACGAAAUGUAUUACGCUUAAAUUAAUGGUGCGCGCCAAGGACGCACCACGAGAGGCUGCUAAAUUUAUGGGUCAUGGAGUUUGUGAUCAUAUAACAAAAUCAGUUUCAUUAUCGGAUUACACUUGCGACCUAGAUACGAUUACACGUACAGUGUUAACAACUAUGAAGGCUUUAGAACUUUCGCCAAACGAGCUGCGUGGCAUUGGUAUCCAACUUUCUAAACUAAAUGAUCCUAACGAGAAUAAAGAACGAAAAAAUAAUGUUAUACUGAAUAUGUUUAGCAAGGUGGCAGGAAAGCAAAAAGAGAUCAUAGGUCCAAUCCAAAAUGAUAACAGCAACGGCAGUGCCACAAAUAAUGAAAAUGAGAUAUCAAACCGUAAUGCACCUUUAAAUGUACAAAAUGACGAGGUGACUAGUAAACUCAUGGGGAAACGUACGCGUGGCAGACCCGUUGGCAGCUUAUUUGAGAAAAAAUCUAAAAAAGGUCCAGAUAUAUUAGAUUUAAUGCAAAAGGCCGCUGCAAAGCAGCCUGAUUUGCCUAGUGUCAAUUUGGGUAUUAGUGUCACCAUACCCAAAGAUAUAGAUCCCGACGUUUUUGCGGCUCUGCCUUUGGAUAUCCGUGCCGAAAUAUUACAAGCUCAUAGCAGUUCCUCACAAAAGUUAGCUGAGAGCGAAAUACUAUGUCGGUCUUUAAAUGAGAGCGAUUUUCAGCCAUCCACAUCUAAAGCAGCUCAGCUGAAACAGCAGCGCAAGGCGCAAGAAAAAGAGCACAAGAAACACACAUUGAAAGAGACUAAAUCAACGAUGUAUAUAGAUCCGGAAUUUUUGGAUGCAUUGCCUCAAUCGUUGCGUUUGGAAGUUGAAAAGGAUUUUCUGCAUCCAAAAAGCAUAUCCAUAGAUGGAACUGCAGGGGAAAAAUAUGGCCAAGCAACUGGCAGUGAUGUUAAAGAAAGUCCUAGAACACAAGUAUCUCCUGAUAACUUAUUCAUGCAAGCAAAUUGCAUGGAAUUACUGUUAGCUUGGGUAAAAAGUACAAAUGUGCCAGAAACAUAUGAUAUCAACUUGAUUGCAUCUCAUGCUGAGGAAAUGGUCAAGGCACACGAAAUUGAUAGGCUUUAUACACCUCUGAUUUAUCUAUGCAGACUACUCAAUCAACAGAAGAGCAGGGAUACAACCAGUGAGUGUAUAUGGCACAAUGCAUAUCUGAGUAUUAUAAAUGUUGUACAAAAGGAAAUGAAAAAGGCCUACGAUGGUCGAAGCCUGUUUAUAGGCGCUAAGUUAAAAUGUGAUAAGUGUAUUGCACUGUAAAAAAGUUGUAAAUUUAUCAUUUACAUACGUUUUUAAAAAUGAUAUUAAAAUGAAAAGUAAA